UCUCCAAUGCUUACGAAUAGUUGGAUACAAGGCUUUGACUAGUGUUGCAGCUCAAUCCAUGGCUGCUUCUUCUCUGAUCUCCACGAACCUCCUCUCCUUCUCUCUACCUCCUCCUCCUCCUCCUCCCUCCCCAGCCCGAAAGCUCACCAUUGUUUCCCUCCACAAAAUCCCAAUCCGAAUCCCAUCUCCUCCUCAUUUCAAACCCCACAAACGGUCUCUGCUUCUUCCCUACUGCCCUCCAUGCCUCAACAAGCUUCUCCUCACCAACAAGAACCCCUUCUCCUCCGCCCUCGACUCCCUCCUCAUCCUCUGCACUUCCCUCGCUCUCGCCCUGUCCUUGUUCGUCGCCGACGUUGACUCGGCCUCUGCUUUCGUCGUCACGCCGCAGAGGAAGCUCCAGACCGAUGAGCUCGCUACCGUGCGGCUGUUCCAGGAGAACACUCCCUCUGUUGUUUACAUCACCAAUCUCGCCGCCAGGCAGGAUGCGUUUACAUUGGACGUGUUUGAGGUGCCGCAGGGGUCCGGUUCCGGGUUUGUGUGGGAUAAAGAUGGCAACGUUGUCACCAAUUACCACGUCAUUCGCGGCGCUUCUGAUCUCAGGGUUACGCUUGCUGACCAGUCAACUUUCGAUGCAAAAGUGGUUGGAUUUGACCAAGACAAGGAUGUUGCAGUUUUACAUGUUGAUGCCCCCAAAGACAAACUAAGGCCGAUACCAGUUGGCAUCUCUGCAGACUUGCUAGUUGGUCAGAAAGUGUUUGCUAUUGGCAAUCCUUUUGGGCUUGACCAUACCCUUACGACUGGUGUUAUCAGCGGACUACGCAGAGAAAUCAGUUCUGCUGCAACUGGCCGUCCAAUCCAAGAUGUUAUACAGACAGAUGCUGCCAUUAACCCCGGCAAUAGUGGAGGGCCACUUCUAGACAGUUCAGGGAGCCUUAUUGGAAUAAAUACUGCAAUAUAUUCUCCAUCAGGUGCAUCAUCUGGUGUUGGGUUUUCUAUUCCAGUUGAUACUGUAAAUGGCAUUGUUGACCAGUUGGUCAAAUUUGGGAAGGUCACCAGACCUAUUUUAGGGAUUAAGUUUGCACCAGAUCAAUCUGUUGAACAGUUGGGGGUCAGUGGAGUGCUUGUCCUAGAUGCACCAGCAAAUGGUCCAGCUGGAAAAGCGGGACUCCUACCAACAAAGCGUGAUUCCUAUGGCAGACUCAUAUUAGGUGACAUAAUAACUUCUGUUAAUGGAAAAAAAGUCACCAAUGGCAGCGACCUGUAUAGAGUUCUUGACCAAUGUAACGUGGGUGAUAAGGUGAUUGUCGAGGUGUUGCGUGGUGAUCAGAAAGAGAAAAUCCCUGUUGUACUUGAACCAAAGGCCGACGAGUCAUGACUUACCAACUGUAAUCUAAAAUGCAAUACAUAUCAGACGGAUUGCCAUUUGUUCUUAUGUAUACUAGCUUGAUAAGGGUUUUCUUGUAUAUAAUUUAACCGCCAUGAUUACCCAUAUGCUUUGUAUUAGUUCAAUGCAUAUACCUAACAGGAAUGGCUUAGUAUGCAUACAUGAAUGGAUUAGUAUCCAAUCUUGACUUGGAUUGAAUUGGAAACAGAU